AUGGAUUCUGCUCUUGAUUCUGCUAUCGAUGCAGCAGGUAGAAGGCUAGGAUACGAAACAGUAAAGGAAGAUCAGAGAUAUGUGAUUAGAUCAUUCUUGGAAGGGAAGGACGUGUUUGCUUGCCUCCCAACAGGAUAUGGGAAGUCACUAUGCUACUUUAUUCUGCCACUAGUAUAUGAUAUUCUCCAAGGACACAGCUCUCCUUGGUUUGUCGAGAUAGUAAUUAGCCCUCUACAAGCCUUGAUGAAAGAUCAGGUCAAGUCAUUACAAGAUAAAGGUAUGACAGCUGUCAGUGUUAUGGGGAGAGAAGAUGAAGAAACAAAGCAGGGAAUUGUCUCCGGUAGAUAUCAGGUAGUAUUUACCACACCAGAGCUGUUACUUCAAAAUAAAGAUUGGAUUCAUGUAUUUCAAAGUGCAUCACUUACAGAAAGAUUGAUCGCCAUUGUUAUAGAUGAAGCACACUGUGUUAAAAAAUGGGGUUCAAACUUUAGAAAAGAGUUUAGUAAGCUGGGAGAUUUACGAGGAUUUUUUCCAUCACAUUUACAUUUCAUGGCGUUAACAGCAACUGCAUCACAGACAACAAGGAAAAGUGUAAUCAAACUGCUCGGAAUGCACAAACCUGUUACGAUAUCGAAAUCACCAAGUAAAUGUAACAUAAUUUAUUUUGUCACAGAAAAAGCUGAUGAAAUAGAAGUGGAAUUGGCAUACUUAGUUGAUGAAUUGCGUGCUUACCGUACCAACACUACUAAAACAAUUGUAUUUUGCCGAACAUAUAAUGAUUGUUCUCGUCUAUAUAUGUUCUUCAAGUCACAAUUGAAGGACGAAAUGAGAGAACCCAUCGGACAUCCAGAUGUUACACAGUUUCGACUGGUUGAUAUGUUUAUAGCCACCAACACAGCAAGUGUCAAAAAUGCCAUUUUGAAAUCAUUUUCAACCAGUGGUGGAAGAUUAAGGAUCCUUAUUGCCACGAUUGCAUUUGGGAUGGGCAUUGAUUGCCCUGACAUACAUCGAGUUAUUCACUGGGGACCACCUUCUGAUUGUGAAUCGUACAUUCAGGAAACUGGGAGAACAGGUCGGGAUGGCCUACCAUCAAAUGCAACUCUUUAUUAUUCACGCAGAGACAUAGGGGUCAUGCAUUUGGACAAGAGUAUUAUUGAUUACUGCCAAAACAGAACGGUGUGUCGUAGGCAAGUGUUGUUUAAAGACUUUAAUUAUGACCCGGCAACCAAACCAAUUGAUUGUAAAUGCUGUGAUUUAUGUAUUAUGAUUUGUCAAUGUGAGAAUUGUGAUUUUACAUUAAAUGAAUAAAACAAAAUUUAUUGAGUGAGUUUCACUAACUGUUCCUGCAACCAAGACACCAAAUGUUCCUUAUUUACACUGGACAUUGUAUUACCCUUGAAAGAUUUAAAUUGUGAGUGCACUCUCCCUUUGCUUUCGAUAAACACCUGAGUUGUAUUGAGUU